CAAGGCAGGCGAGAGGGGAGAGCCUUCUUCCCAGCCAGUGCCACCAUCUGGGGUAAAGGGCACUGCCCCACCGAGGGUUCCCCUUUGGAGCCAGCCUUGCUGGUGCUGUCUCCCCCUCUCCCACCUCCGCCCCGGCCCAGGGCUCUUAGCCCAAAGCCUCGUAAUUACUGCCUGCAAAUGGCCCCUGCUGUUCCCCAUUAGAUGCCCGUUAGCCCCCUGCGGAGAGCCGACUCAUCUGGCUGCCAGCCUUGGGCCCUGGAUAAACUUUGUGGAGGUCUGGGGGGGUCCUUCCUGCCAAGGCAGGCAGGCUGCCCCCCUUCAGGAGGGGCAUCCCUCCGAAAGGAAUCCACAGCCCUUCCAACUUGUGUACUGAGCUGAUGGGCCGUCUUGGCACCUUGUUUGUGCGCCCAUUAAUUCUCGGCCCUUCCCUGAUGGCCCAUUAGCAUCUGGGGCUUCUGGCCUCCCCGGGCCUCGGGAGUAUAAAGGAGGCCUCAGCCAGCCCUGGGAAGCUAGUCCUCUUGAGGAACCCCGAGCCAGAUAUGCUGCUCCUGCCGCUGCCCCUGCCGCUGCUCGCCUGGGCACCCGCUUGCCCCGCCAGGCCCGCCUGGGCCCCCGAAGACACCCGGGACCAGGCCCUGAAGAAGCUGCUGGAGGUCUUUGGCAUUGAGGACCCACCUCGGACCCCCCUGUACUUCAAGGAGCCCCCGCAGUACAUGGUGGACCUCUACAACACGGGCUGUUCUGGGGCUCGGGGCCAACGGCCUCCCUCUGCUUCCACUUCAGCUCAUGGCGACCAGACGCGGCUGCUCUUCCUCCUCUCCAGCGUGGCCAAGAACGAGGUCGUGCUGACGGCCGAGCUGCACCUCUUCAAGCUGCGGGCCAGGGGGCCCGAGGGGGCCCUCCUCCGGAGGCAGCACUUCUGCCAGAUAAGCUUUUAUCAGGUGCUGGACAAGGAGGCCCCGGACGCCCCCGAGGGGAAGAAGCUGCUCUCGGCGCGGCUGCUGGCUGUGCACGGCUUCGGCUGGGAGGUCUUCUCCAUCACGCAGGCGGUCCGUGACUGGGUGGCAGAAGAGAGCAGCAACCAGGGUUUGCUGGUGACGGUGGAGGGCCUUAGAGGGGUGCCCCUGGACUCCAGCACCGUGCAGUUUGCCUCGGGCAGGGAUCACCACGCCAGCAAGAACCCCAUGCUGGUCUUGUUCACCGACGACGGCCGGCGGGCGGCUGCCUUGCCCAGCAGCUUCCUUGGUUCGUCCCCAGGCGGCGCCGGCCUCCCCGAGCUCACCUCCAACAGGACCCGGGCCCCUCGCUCGGCGGAGAGCCCCCUGCCCUGCCAGCGGUACCCGCUCUCGGUGGACUUCGAGGAGAUCGGCUGGUCUGGCUGGAUCAUCUCUCCCCGGGGCUACAACGCCUAUCACUGCAAGGGCUCCUGCCCAUUCCCGCUGGGCGAGAACAUGCGGCCGACCAACCACGCCACAGUCCAGUCCAUCAUCAACGCCCUGAAGCUGAGCCAGGAGGUCAGCAGCCCCUGCUGCGUCCCGGACAAGCUCUUCUCCAUCAACCUGCUCUACUUCGAUGACGACGAGAACGUGGUGCUGAAGCAGUACGACAACAUGGUGGCGGGCAGCUGCGGCUGCCACUGAGCCCCGGGGACGGUGGAGCCUGGCUCUCCCCCCACCCCUGCCAGAAGAGCAGAAGAUUGGCAGCAGAGGACGGCAGACUCAGGCAGGCAAAGCUUAAUUAACUUACGAACUCUCUGCCCCAAGGUAGAAAUUCGCCUGCCAGCUUAAAAUGAUUUAAAGGGGGCGAGACGCGUUCAUGGAAGAGAGAGGUUAGCUGGCAGCAGCAGCAGCAGCAGCAACAGCAGCGCUGAUUUAAAAAGCAGAAGAAAAUGUAUUUAGGGUUUGCUAUGGCUAAGUGUCAUGCUAAAUAAGUCAAGCCUCCCUCUUCCGCAGCAGUCUACCUCCGAAUAGCAAAUGGUUGGGAGAAAAAGGGGAAGAGCUUCAGCUUCCACGUCUCGCCUGUGGGCUUCUCUCAUUGUCCAGAAUCGGGAUGUGGCUCUGGGCGUCCUGCUGUCCAUGUUCCCGGGAGGCAAAGCUGCAGCGCGUUUGAGUUGCACCAAGUUCCAUGGUGCCGUUGCACAUGCAGCCCUGCAGAAUGUACCAUACUGUAGAUAUCAAGCUGUUAAUUUAUAUAUAUAAAUAUGUGUAUAUAGACGACAAGCUCCCUGGACACUGCGACUUGUAAAUAUUUGUACGUCCUUAUUGCUGUAAUUAUUACUUUGCCAAGCGCCUUCUUGCGAGGGGCGCUGUCUUGACAU